UGGGGCUUCCUUGGCUCCUCCCAACAUUCAGGGCAUUUCCUUCUCUGACAGAGGGACCAGGAGCUGGCUCCAGGCCCUGCAGACCCAGACAUGCUGCCACUGCUGCUGCUGCUGCCCCUGCUGUGGGGGGGGUCCCUGCAGAAGGAGUAUCUGUGGUUCAAGCUACAAGUGCCAGAGUUGGUGACGGUGCAGGAGGGCCUGUGUGUCCUUGUACCCUGCAAAUUCUCCUACCCCCAGGAUAUGUCACCUUCCACUGACCCACUCUACAUCUACUGGUACUACGCUUCAGACAGCAUGUAUCGAAGAAGUCUUGUGGCCACAAACCACCAAGGCCGAGUAGUGAAGACAGAGACCCAGGGCCGAUUCCACCUCCUUGGGGACCCCAAGGCCCACAACUGCUCCCUGAGCAUCAGAGAUGCCAGGAAGAGUGACAUAGGGACCUACAUGUUCCGAGUGGAGAGAGGACAAAAUAUACAACAUACCUACAAAGAGAAGCUGAAUUUGCAGGUGACAGGGCCAAGACACCUCUGUGUCUCCUCCUCAGACCUGACAGAGAAACCCAACAUCCACAUUCUGGAACCUCUGGAGUCUGGCCGCCCCACAAACCUGACCUGCAGCCUGCCAGGAUCCUGUGAGGGGGGGAGACUGCUCACCUUCUCCUGGACAGGGGAUGCCCUUAACAUGCUGGGCCCUAGUACUCUCCAGUCCUCGGUGCUCACCCUCAUCCCAAGGCCCCAGGACCAUGGCACCUACCUCACCUGUCAGGUGAACUACCAAGAGUCUCAGGUGACCACGAAGAUUACCAUUCUGCUUAAUGUCACCUCAGGGCCUUAUCUUUCUAUUCCAGAUGCUCCAGAGAACCUCACCGUCAACAUCUUUUUCCAAAAUGGCACAGUCCUCAAGGUCAUGGGAAACAACAUAUCCCUUCCCAUCCUGGAGGGCCAGUCACUGCGUCUGGUCUGUCUUGCUGACAGCAACCCCCCUGCAGAGCUGAGCUGGUUCCAGAGAUUCCAAGCUCUGAACACCUCCCCCAUCUUCAACAUGGGGGAGCUGGAGCUGCCUCAAGUAAGAAUUGGAAAUGAAGGAGAAUUCACCUGUGGAGCUCAGAACCCCCUGGGCUCCCAGCACAUCUCUCUGUGCCUCUCUGUGUUCUACGCCCCCCAGAUGCUGGGCCCCUCUUGCUCCUGGGAGGCUGAGGGUCUGCACUGCAGCUGCUCUGCCCGAGCCAGGCCGGCCCCCUCCCUGCGCUGGCGGGUUUGGGAGGGUCUGGUGGAGGGGAACAGUAGCAACGCCUCCAUCAUGGUCACCUCCAGCUCUGCUGGGCCCUGGGCCAACAGCUCCCUGAGCCUCCACAUGGGGCUCAGCUCUGGCCUCAGGAUCCACUGUGAGGCCCAGAACGACCACGGGAACCAGAGUGUCACUGUUCUGCUGUUGGCAGGGAAAUCAGCGUCCAGGGCAGAAGUGGCUCUGGGAGCCCUUGGAGGUGCUGGUGCCAUGGCCCUGCUCUCCCUGUGUGUGUGCCUCAUUUUCUUCUGCAUAGUAAAAGCCCGCAGGAAGCAAGCAGCCAAGAGACCAGGGGACAUGGAUGAUGAAGACCCUGUCAUGGGUACAGUCACCUGGAGUUGCAGGCAAAAGCCCUGGCCAGACAGUCCCCUUAACCAAGUACCCCCCUCUGGGGAUACACUUCCCUCAAGCGAGGAGCAGGAUCUCCACUACGCCUCCCUCAGCUUUCACGGAAUGAAACCGCAGGAGUCUAAGGACCAGGAGGCCACCAGCACCACCGAGUACACAGAGAUCUAAACAAGCAAAUGAGGACUCACUCAGAGCUCAGUCCUGGCCUAAAGAAUCAUGGUCUGUCUGGGGAAAGGAGAAGUCAGGGACUAAUUGAUGAAAAAUGGAAAGUCCUGUGACAAUAUUAACAUAACUAGUGUAUGAGGACAUCGCGGUUGUUAAAGUGGAAGGUCAGCAAAGGCAAGAGAGGCCCUCAACGAGAUAAGAAAGCAAUACACAUUUUUUGAAACAAAUAAAAGAGAGA